AUGGCAGACCGUCCUCCAGAAAGCGACACCCCAGUGAACAGGAAGCGAAUGGCAAUACCGUUGGAAGUUAAGCGUAGCAUUGCAAGAGAGCACGACGCCGGCGAGAAAGUGAGCAGCUUGGUGCGCAAGUACGGCCUGCCGCAGCCGACAGUAUCCUGCAUCAUUCGCAAUACACUCAAGCAAGCCGAAAGUGACAGCCAUGCCAGUGCUAGCGGUGCUAGCCACGCAAUGGAUGACGGCCGGAAAAGGGUUAGGCACGGAACCUACAAAGACGUGGAAGAUGCACUGUACCAGUGGUUCCUUAGCGCUCGUGCUAUGAAUUUGCCAGUCAGUGGUCCCAUUUUGGUGGAGAAGGCGAAGAGGUUCGCGUACUUCCUUCGCAACACUGAUUUCCAGCCUGGGGGUGGCUGGCUGCAGCGUUUUAGGGAGAGGCAUGGCAUUGUGUACAAGGCAGUCGUCGGAGAGGCAGGCUCGCUGGAUGUAAAUGCUAGGCAGAAGUGCUUGGAGGAAGCACUGCCCUGCAUCCGCGAAGCCUACGCGGACCGAGACCUGUACAAUGGUGACGAAACUGGGCUGUUUUUUCAGAUGCUACCCUCAAAGACGCACGCGCUCAAGGGCGAUGCCUGUAAGGGCGGCAAACAGAGCAAAGUGCGAGUGACAGUUUUUUUCUGUGCUAACAUGGACGGCAGCGACAAGUGUCCCGCCUUUGUGAUGGGCAAGUCGAGGAAUCCUCGCUGUUUUCGUGGUGCCGCGAGGAUACCUGUUCGCUACCGCCACAACAAGAAAGCGUGGAUGACGCGCGAACUUUUCCGUGAGUGGCUGGUCGAGUUCGACGAGAGGAUGCAGCGCGAAGGCAGGAAAGUGGCGCUGGUGCUCGACAACUGCACCGCCCAUCAUACCGCCCAGAAGCUGUCGAACGUGGAGAUUUUUUUCCUCCCUCCCAACACCACUGCGGGCUUGCAACCCAUGGACGCUGGAGUGAUUGCUUGCUUCAAGGCGCUGUAUCGGCGUCGUGUUUUGAGCAGGCUGGCGCUGAACCUGGACAUCUCCAUACAUGAACGCUGA